ACCGUAGUGUUGGUGAUCAUUAUACCGUAGUGUUGGUGAUCAUUAUACCGUGUCAACACACAGACACUUUAGUACUUGCGAGACAAAUCAUUGUGGUGGUGAGUGUGGACACGGACCCUCAUAAGUAGCGCCUGAAAGAGUUCCUCAAAAUGGGUCACUCAGUCUCCAAGACGCUCUUCUGCAUUGGUACUAAGGAGGCGACCUCUGCAGCCAGUAGUCGCCGCUCUCAGGGCUUCACGAUGGUGUCAGCGGAGACCGCCGCCACCAAUGGCGGGUUAUCUGCCUCCACUAACCACACUGGUCCGCGGGCCCCGUCAAUCACCAUCCUCCACUUUAAUGACGUAUACAAUGUGGAAGAACAGAGCACCGAGCCCAAGGCCGGAGCAGCACGGUUCAAAACGGCGCUCAAAAGCUUCGCCGACCGUCAUCCCUUAGUGCUGUUCAGCGGUGACAUUCUUGCCCCCUCGAUAAUGAGCUCGUUCACGCGAGGAGAGCAGAUGGUGCCUGUAAUGAACCAUUUGGGGAUACACUGCGCUGUCUUCGGCAAUCACGACUUUGAUUUUGGCUUGGAAAGACUCAUUGAUGUAGCCGGAAGAACGAACUUCCCAUGGUUGAUGAGCAAUGUGGACGACAAUGAAACUGGUUUUCCUCUAGCUGAUGGUAUUCUUACACACAUUAUGGACUGGCAUGGGUGGAAGAUUGGAUUGGUUGGUCUCGUAGAAAAGGAGUGGCUGGAGACUCUGGCUACCAUUAAUGCUGAACAAGUCACAUUCACCGACUAUGUGGAUAAGGGAAGAGAACUGGCAACAAUGCUCAAGAAUCAGGGCUGUGACUACGUGAUUGCUUUAACUCACAUGCGUACACCAAAUGACAUAAGACUAGCAGAGAACGUUGAUGAGAUUGACCUUAUCUUGGGUGGCCACGAUCACGUUUAUGAAGUUGUUAAGAUAAAUGAUAAGACCAUUCUCAAAAGUGGCACAGACUUCAGGGAAUUUUCAGUAAUUACUCUAUCUCAGGAAGGAGCCAAUGUCAGUGUUGACAUUGAGAAAGUUGUUGUAGACUCAAAGUUCGAACCAGAUGAAGAACUAAAAGAAGCUCUUAAAGAAUAUGAAUCUGUGGUGGGUGAAAAAAUGGAAGAGUCUCUCGGUACCUUCAGUGUGGAACUAGAUGGAAGAUUCUCUUCAAUUCGCACAUCAGAAACCAAUUUAGGCAACUUUAUAUGUGACAUCAUCAUGGCAGCUUGUAAUGGAGAUGUUGCAGUUAUUAAUUCCGGAACACUGAGGUCCGAUAGAAUUCACCCAGUUGGGGAUUUCACGAUGAGAGAUUUAAUGACAAUUCUGCCAAUGUUGGAUCCUCUUAUUGUCUUAGGAGUCACUGGUGAAAAGCUUCUGGCUGUCCUUGAAAAUGGGGUGUCUCAGUACCCAAAACUUGAAGGACGUUUUCCUCAAGUAGCUGGCAUACAGUUCGUGUUUGAUCCUGAUGCUGAGCCAGGGUCAAGGGUGAUUCCAGACUUGGUUAAGGUUGGGGACGAGUACCUGAACCCGGAUACUGUUUAUCGGUUUGUGACGAAGGCUUACAUGCAUCAGGGUAGAGAUGGAUACAAUGUACUGAUAGACUGUCCUAUAUUGCAAGAUGAAGAACAGUGUCCUAUGUUGUCAACAUCCAUCCAGAAUCAUUUUACUGCCAUCCAGUCACAUAUGGGCAAGACUCGACGAAACUCAACACACAGACAAUCACUUGUACUGCUGUCCAGGAGACACAGUCUCAUCCGCCAUGAUGACGAUAUACCAGCAGCUGCCAGAUCCACAACCCACAAGGCUAUUGGCCGAUCUGUGUCAACAGAUUCUGCCUUAUCAUCUGUAUCAUCAGAGUCACUCUCGAGCAAGCGGUCACGCUUCAGCUCGUCAAGACAGGAGAGUUUCCACGAGCUAGAGGACCUAGCAUGCAAAUUAGCACCGAAAGUGGAUGGGAGAAUAAUUAUUGCCACUGAUGAGGUUGCUAAUCACGCAUCGCGUUAAAGGAACAUCCUACAAUUAGCAGUAUCGCUAUGUGAUCAAGUCAACCCAUCCAAAAUUAUAUUACAGCAACAAUUGGUCAAAUGGAUAAAAUUAACUUUUUUAUUCCCAAAAAUUCACAUUUUGUAUUAUUGGAUUAUCUCAAAUGGCAGGCUAAAAAGUGCAACAGUGAUUAUACAACCUAACCUAGCUUAGACCCAAAUAAGCAAUUUAGACCUAGUUUAUGCCAUGUGUCAUUUAAUACAUAAAAGACCUAACUAGGGACUAGGAAAGUUUAGGUUUGUGUUGCCUACUUUCUUGUGCCCUCUACAAAAUUAAUAGUAUACACCAUGAACUUUCUUUGGGUGCAACAGUUCAUAAGUUUAACCAAUAGUUGCUGUAAGUACUGUACGGCACUAUCACUUUCGGACGACAGGGAUGGAUAAAGUUGAUGGCUUCAGACAUGUUAUUACUAAUAUGUAAGAAAGUUCAAGAAAAUAUAAGUGCUUAUAUGAUGGAAUAUGAGUACAGGACAGGGCAAUAACCCCAUGGACAUACAGGUGUAAGGAUGUGGCAACUCCAUCGCCUGUCAGCCAAUGGUGAAUGCUGCCCCACAGUCCCUGUGUUAAAGAAUGUUGGGCUGGACAUUCCUCUGCUUCAUCUACUUCUGGCUAAAAGUCAGCAGUGAACAGUGAGCUAGUAUCAUAAUUUGAUUUGUUUAUCAUGCACACCUCCCCGUCUAGUGGGCAAUGGUGGAAAGGUUAGUCGUGCACAUUUACUUCCCAGUUAGCGAACUGGGGAUAUUUUGCUACUAGGAGAUAAAAAGAAAUGUGUGAUGAAUGUAUGAGCAGUGUAACCUAUAAUCAUAAUAUGGGGUGCAUAAUAAACUAGUUGCCACUGGUAGCAAUACUCAGUCAAAUUUCAAGGCUAAAGCCCAGGUGCCCCUCUGCUGGUUAUAAUAAUGAGUACUUCACAGGAUUACUAUAAUAAUGAGCACUACAAGGCCAUACUGUAGUAGAGAGUACUUCUGGGGACUUGCUUAAUUGAAACUAUUGAAGGGCUUCCUGAUAGUAGUGAGUACUGCAGGGCCUCGCUAAAUGGUCUCACUUUAUACAGUACUGUCGAACCUCACUGCCGAAGGAUCUCAUCCUAGUACUGAGUUUUGCAAGAUCACUAUAGCAUUGAAUGC